UGGCAACACUCCCACCUUCUCAGGUUAGUCCGUUACUGGAGUGCUAGAGCGUUAUAACCGGUUACAACUUUGUCUGUUUCGGUCGUUGUCCGUAAGUUUUUAAUUACCACCAAAAUGAGGGAAAUCGUGCACCUUCAGGCAGGCCAGUGUGGAAAUCAAAUUGGAGCAAAGUUCUGGGAGGUGAUAAGCGACGAACAUGGCAUCGACCCCUCCGGGACAUACCAUGGGGACAGCGACCUGCAGCUGGAGCGAAUCAACGUGUACUACAACGAGGCGUCAGGUGGCAAGUAUGUCCCCCGUGCAGUGCUGGUGGACCUGGAGCCAGGCACAAUGGAUUCUGUGAGGUCUGGUCCCUUUGGCCAGAUCUUUAGACCAGACAACUUUGUCUUUGGCCAGAGUGGAGCAGGUAACAACUGGGCUAAAGGCCACUACACUGAGGGAGCCGAGCUGGUGGACUCGGUCCUGGACGUGGUGAGAAAGGAGGCAGAGAGUUGCGACUGCCUCCAGGGCUUCCAGCUCACGCACUCCCUCGGAGGAGGCACCGGCUCUGGCAUGGGAACGCUGCUCAUCAGCAAAAUCCGAGAGGAGUAUCCAGACCGCAUCAUGAACACUUUCAGCGUGGUGCCUUCGCCCAAGGUGUCAGACACAGUGGUGGAGCCGUACAACGCCACCCUCUCCGUCCACCAGCUGGUCGAGAACACAGAUGAGACCUACUGCAUUGAUAAUGAGGCCUUGUAUGACAUCUGCUUCCGCACGCUGAAGCUCACCACGCCCACCUACGGCGACCUCAACCACCUGGUCUCAGCCACCAUGAGCGGGGUAACCACCUGCCUGCGCUUCCCCGGCCAGCUCAACGCUGAUUUGAGGAAACUGGCCGUCAACAUGGUGCCCUUCCCCAGGCUGCACUUCUUCAUGCCCGGCUUUGCCCCCCUGACCAGCCGGGGCAGCCAGCAGUACAGGGCAUUGACAGUUCCUGAACUCACCCAGCAGAUGUUCGAUGCCAAGAACAUGAUGGCAGCCUGCGACCCGCGCCACGGGCGCUACCUUACAGUCGCCGCCAUCUUCCGGGGCCGCAUGUCCAUGAAGGAGGUGGACGAGCAGAUGCUGAACGUGCAGAACAAAAACAGCAGCUACUUUGUGGAGUGGAUCCCCAACAAUGUCAAGACAGCUGUCUGCGACAUCCCUCCCCGUGGCCUCAAGAUGGCUGCCACCUUUAUCGGCAACAGCACAGCCAUUCAGGAGCUGUUCAAGCGCAUCUCUGAGCAGUUCACUGCCAUGUUCCGCCGAAAGGCCUUCCUCCACUGGUACACGGGCGAGGGCAUGGAUGAGAUGGAGUUCACGGAGGCUGAGAGCAACAUGAAUGACCUGGUGUCCGAGUACCAGCAGUACCAGGACGCCACCGCUGAGGACGAGGGCGAGUUUGAGGAGGAAGGCGAAGAGGACAUGGCCUAAAUAUCUACUAUCACCUUUUUCUUACUAGGCUACAAUUAGGAAUUAGGUUAGUUCAGAAUUAUUGAUAAUUGGCUUAAAAUCAAUCAUUUGGACAACAAUUUUUUUUUUUUUUUUUUUUGCACAGUAACUCCAAUGAAAGUCGUCAAAUGAUAACAUUGAACUCGUUGAAGGGUUUCUCCAGCCUUGAUUUAUAAAUGUUGUCUGUUCUUUUUUCUCACUAUUUUUUUCUUCUUUCCUGCUUUGGAUAUGAAUGUUUUUAACCUCUCCUGUUUUCUUUUCUGUUUGGAUGGUAUCACCUAAACGUCGUGCCAGGCAAUACCAUUUCUCAUCAUGUUUCAAAGUCCACAGAUGACUGACUACCCAGUAUGUCACGGAACAAUUUUGACUCCUGGUUUUACAUCUCUACCCAUACAUACGUAGUUGACCUUAUUUGUCUACUCAAUGAUCGCCCUCUGGUAAUACUUUUCAUGCUCCAGGUUUUACGUGUAUUUGUGAUGAAAGAGAAUGUAACACUGACCAGUUCAUGGCAAUCAUGGCUGAAUUUGACACUUACUUGGUUUGAUGGAGUGUAAUUCUUUAUAAGAAUGUAGUGAAUUGAUUUAGCAAAACAAAAUACACCCUGCACCAUUAAUAGUGUCAGAAACUGGUCACUGCUACAUUAUUCUUAGUGUGUUUGUACUGGGAUGUUAUUGACAUCAAAAGUAUAGAUGGACUUAAUAAAGAUCUUGAUGAAUUGGUA